AUGUUAAUCAAAACUUUCGGACUUAUUUUAUUGUUCUCAUCGUCUCAAUCCGAAAGCCUUUUUAGGCCAAACUUACCUCUGGGCGAAUAUCGCCUGGUGAUUGAUAAAGUAUAUCCGUGUGAAACAACAAAAAACCAUCCGAUUCAAUUUAAUUGGUAUUUUAGUAAAAAGACAUCAAGUAUAACAGAGUACAAAGGCAAUACAACACUUUUGAUACCUUUCGAUGAUACUCUUACAAUCGAUUAUAACUUUGCGUCUUGGGGCUCAACUGGUGGAUGGGUGCCAAAUGCAUUAAUUAUCAAGACAAAAAAGGCAUGCAGUAAUGUAAAACAUCUCUUUGGAAAUGCGUGGCUUACCAUGAUAGAGGGUUUCAACGUUCCAACUAAUAAAUGUCCAAUUCCAGUGGGCAUAUAUAUUACGUCAGGGAUCGAUAAGAAGAAAUUUGAAGAUAUGAACUUUCCCAAAGUAUAUUUUUAUGGAAAAUAUAAGGUUGUGCUACGCUAUAAAAAUUUGAAUAAUGAAGUAGUUGGCUGUGCUGUUACUGAGUUUAGUCUUAUACGACCAUGGGAAACACCAAUUUGAUUACACUAUAUAUAAUUAUAAUUAAAUAUGUUAUUGACUUAUCAUAAAGAUUACCUAUGUAAUAAAUAUUUUUAAC